CCCCGCCUCCCGGGCGCUCACCCAGGAGCCUCUGGGGCGGAGGGGGGGUCCCUGAGCCUCCUCUGCUGCCCCCGCAGGGAUGCUCCAGAACGGGAAGAAGUUCGACUCCUCCAGAGACAGGAACAAGCCGUUCAGGUUCAAGACCGGCCGGCAGGAGGUGAUCAAAGGCUUUGAGGAGGGCACUGCGCAGAUGAGCCUGGGCCAGAGGGCAAAGCUGACCUGCACUCCCGACGUGGCCUACGGAGCCACGGGGCACCCGGGAGUCAUUCCGCCCAACGCCACGCUCAUCUUCGACGUGGAGCUGCUCAGGCUGGAGUGAGCCUGCGUGUGCGCGCGGCACCUGCCCCUCCCCCGCACUGCGGUCAGCCGGCCUCGGAGACCCCCGUGUGCGCAUGCGGGUGACCCCACCAAGCUUUCUCCGCCAGAACACGGUGUAAUCUGCAUGUGAGGCGCCGCCUCCCCAGCCCGUGUGCGCAUGCGGGGGCCACCCGGCGCUACUUGGUCCCGAAGCCGAAAGUCUCGCGGGCACGAGCUGGG